CUGUCAAGUUACAGUUUCGCUUAUCACACUUACCGGUGCGGCGGCGUUGUACAAAAUAUCAUCUUUGGAUGAUUCAACAAACAUAAUACUAUUGUGAAACAAUGACUAAGCCCCGACCAUGUGGCUGCAAAGGUUGUAGAACAUGUUUAGUUUGCGAGACUCAAUAUGGCGCUGAAAACUUAAAACUACAGCUGAAAUUCGACAAAAGUAAAGGUUAUGUUUAUUGUCCGUUUUGCAACAAAGCCUGGCCAGGCUGGGAUGCAGACUCAUACAAACAGCAUCCAAACCAUGAAGGAGACCCUAUAGAUUACCCUGGUAUAUUUAUACAACCAGAUUUCAUAUCGGAGGAAGAAGAACGGGACUUAAUGAAGAACAUCGAUGAAAUGCCAUGGGAUAUAUCACAAAGUGGCAGAAGAAAGCAGAAUUUUGGCCCAAAGACAAAUUUCAAGAAGAAAAAAAUUGCUGUGGGUAAAUUCGACGGUUUUCCUGAGUUUUCGAAAUAUCUACAAGAGAGGUUUGAUACUAUAGACUUGUUGAAAAGUUACGAUGUCAUCGAACAAUGCUCUUUAGAAUACGAUCCGAGUAAAGGAGCGUCUAUCGACCCUCAUAUAGACGAUUGUUGGGUCUGGGGAGAGAGAAUAGUCACAGUCAAUUGUUUGUCUGACUCCGUCCUUACUAUGACCUCAUUCAAAGAUGAUAUUAAGAAAUAUAACCUUUUCUGUGCCCAAGAGUAUGGUCCUGCUGUCAGUCCUGAGUCGAAAGUGACAUUAGGCAAAGGUGUUGAACAAACAGCCUAUGACGCCUCCAAAUCGGUACUGAGUGAUGAUUUGAUUAUAAGGAUACCAAUGCCAAGGAGAUCUCUGCUGGUGAUAUACGGAGAGCCAAGAUACCACUGGGAGCAUUGUGUACUACGAGAAGACAUUACUUCAAGAAGAGUCUGCAUAGCGUACAGAGAAUUCACGCCGCCAUACUUGCACGGCGACCAUCAAGACAUAGGCAACACCAUCAGGAACAUUGCCAAAGUAUUCUGGGACCAUAGAGCUAAGAACUAUAAUACCAUAGAAGGCUAUUAAGAUAAUUAAAAAAAAUCACCGAGAGUAGUCAGUUACCUAUUAGUUUAUUAAGGUUGUAACCAGGAUAGUACAUGUCCCAAUAGCUGUGAAUAAUUAUUUAAAUUAUCUGUAGUAAUGUUUUGACGUAGAAACAAAGUUUUAUUUUUAAUCAGUCAUCGGGGCCAACUGCAAUAGUCUAUAGUAAUGUUUUCCACAUCUAAUAAAAUGUUACUAAAGGUCGAUGUGGUAAGCCCUCUGUAACAGUUCAUUAGUCCAUAGCCCACUGUUUAUACCAAUACUAGCCCAGUGUUUUAAUUAAAAAAAAAGCUCGACUCGAAUAAUUUUAACACUACUGGUGUUAUUUUUUUAAGGUACAAACAUUGUAUUACAAAUAUUCUCCUUUUGUAGAGUACUUUUUUUAAUUCGGUUGCGUUUCCUGUUAGGAUGUGUCGUACUAUAUGUAUUUUUAAGAACCAACAUCAUGACUUCGUUUAUGCUCAAAAGAUGCAAUGGUUUAUUUACUUGUAUCGAUAUUGGUGCCGGACUCGUUUCGGAUCCAAACGAGUCCUCAAUCAUGAAAUGACGCGGAGGCGGCGUGCCCGCCGAAAAUUCUGAUAAAUACGCGUAGUAAAACCUCACGAAAGUUAAUAUAUAAAUAUUAAUUGAUUUUUCUAGCCUUGUUGAUGAAAUAAUUCUAUUGGUUCUUUAAUCAUAUCCUCUGUUACGCAUCCCUGGCAGAAGUACAGACCAAACUAAAAAGACUACCAAAAAAAUUAGAAAAAACGUGAACCUAUCAUAAAAACUCCCUUAUAAUAUAUCAUAUUUAGUUGUAUUAAGUACUUAUUAAGAUAAAUCAGUGUUGAUUGCUUAGUCAAGCCACUAAAUACAUACGGUACUAAAUUAUAAGAUUUUGAUUACAUGUAGUAUUACAAUUUUAUGGCUAUUUAUAUUUAUUAAUGUUUUAAAUUUAAGACUGAUGUGAUUGUAAAUAAUGCAAUUGAGGAUUAUACUCGGUGCCGGUGUUAGAGGUGGUCCAGGGUGGCUUUGGGUAGCUCAUAGCUAGGCGUUUUCUGUCUUUCGUGUUAAGAAAGUAUGUAUAAGUACUUAUGUCAUAAGUAAAUUUAUGUAUAUUGCGAUCCUCGAUCACUCUAGGUCUACAAUUAUAUAGCUGUACAGCUACAAUGUAAAGUUAAGAAAAAAAAGUGGUAAUUUUUGUACUUCCACUUCGUUAGCUCGGGAUUUUACUUCAGGAAAAACCAAGCUUUUCCUUGUCCACGUCAUUACUUAUGGUAACUGCUGGAUGAUAUAUCUGAUGAGCCGCAUUAUUUCAUAAUACUCAUUUCCUCCAGAGGGCGCCACGCUACUCUUAUCAAGAACGUAACUUGCCCUAACGCCGGCGCCGAUCAAGACGUUCGCGAUCUCUCCUCCAUCG